GAUUGCCGUGAAAUAUUGAUCCACCGAAAAGAGAAUCGGAAACGAGGCUCGCUCACCGCUCACGUGGGCCAACUGACAUCACUGUGUCCCUUUGUAAGCUGUGAAGCUCUGUCCCUCGGAAGUGGGGUAUUUCCAUCACUUCUUCAAGUGUCCGCCCUUUUCAACAACAACCACCACUAGAAAGUUCAGUCCAAUCAUCAAAUUCAAUCCAAUCCAGCAAAAUGGUCAAAGCAGUCGCAACCGUCCGAGGUGACUCGAAGGUUACCGGCACCGUUACCUUCGAGCAGGAAUCGGAGUCAUCCCCCACUACCAUUACAUGGAAUAUCACUGGCAACGACCCCAAUGCUGAGCGUGGCAUGCACGUCCAUCAAUUCGGUGACAACACCAACGGGUGCACCUCCGCCGGCCCCCACUUCAACCCCCAUGGCAAGACACACGGUGCUCCAACUGAUGAGAUCCGCCAUGUUGGCGACCUUGGCAACUUCAAGACCGAUGCUCAAGGCAAUGGCAAGGGCUCUACCACGGACAAGUUGAUCAAGCUGAUCGGCCCUGAGAGCGUCAUCGGCCGUACAGUUGUUGUCCACUCCGGAACUGAUGAUCUCGGACAAGGAGGCAACGAGGAGUCCAAGAAGACUGGCAACGCUGGUACUCGCCCUGCUUGCGGUGUCAUUGGCAUUGCGGCAUAAAGGCAUCAUCCUUCCAAAAAUUAUGAACGGGUGAGGGGACAUUAUGGGUGGCUAAGGUGGAACAAAAGCAAUCAAUGGCUUUAUACACUUAGGUAGUCAAACUGAGAAUCACCGCUGAUUGCAUACAAAUAUGGAUUGACAUUAAC